GUGUAACUGAAUGUCGAUAAAGAACAGAAAGUUAGGUACCUAACCUAGAGCACAUGUACUGCCUAUCUAAAUACUAAGCCACCCUGACCAGUUAUCCUGUACAUACUUUAGAUCUUCAACCCUUCGCUAUAUACGUAUGUAUAUACAUAGGUAGGUAUACAUACCAUCUGACCUAGCGUAGGUAUUUCCGGGGUAAACAACCUAGGUAUGUAGGUACAUACCGAACCGGGGUGUUUAUGCAUAAGUUGAUUGGCGCCGUACCAUGGCGGCCUGCAUGAAAAACCCCAGGAUCCGACGUCGUAGUUGCGAUACUACAUACCUAGAAUAGCAUGCCACACGCUCUCGGAGCCAGAUAUCCCGGACGGCCUGCUAUUCUGAACAGAUCUGCAGAUAUGGGCGCGACUUGCUAUCUCAUAAUUUUCUCACUCUUUGCUUUCUCAGGAUGAGUUUCUUUACCUGCUCUUACUACUACAUGGAAAGCUUAGAUGUUCACAAUUCUUACAAGAUCUGAGUGUUGUUAGGUUAGGUAGAUUAAGUAGUUAGUUACCGGACUCUUAUAUUAUACUAUGUCAAACUCGAAUGAGAAUCCAAGUCGAGAGAGUCAAAAGUAGACACAAGAAAACCCCCUGAGAUGGGCCACCUGCCUUCGCAAUGGGCGCGAUGACAAUGCGAACAAGCAGGCGAACCCUCGUCUCAGGCCCUCGCUUGCGACAAAUCGUCCUCGUCUCUGUGAUCUGCCUGGCGCUAUACUGUUUCCUCCCGGUACCCGACCACAGCCUCGACUCGUCGCAACCAGCUACGGCCGAUACCAUUCACCACCCACACUCCGCCGCCAACUCCAACCCGAAGGACAAGCCACCGCCGCUACCACCCGCCCUCCUCAACAGCCGCAUCCUCACAUCCGCGCAGUGCCUAACCGCCUUCCCGGGCCUGACCAAAGAAAUCGACGACGUCGUUUCCAAAGGCCCCUUCACGCUCCGCCGGAACCCGCACGGCCGAGGCCCGACCAUCCUCCGCAUCCGCGACGGACGCCUAUACGUCCUGACCUACGCGCGCAAAGUCGACCUAUCAGAAGACAUGCUGCAGCACCGCUCCGCGACCCUCCACCAGCUCGCCAACGCGCUCCUCACGGUCCCCCCCGCCGAGCCCCUCCCCGACACCAUCCUAGCCUUCAACCACGAAGACGACCCAACCUCGCCUUCCCUAUCAUACUCGCGCCCCGCCGACCCAUCCUUCAACGGCCCAAGCAAGCACUUCUUCACCAUCCCGCACUUCAGUUUCUUCGCCUGGCCCAUCUCCAGCGUGCGCUCCUUCCCGCGCGCCGCUCGAUCCGCCGCCGUUCUCGAAUCCCGGUUCUCGUCCUGGAGCUCCAAAGACCCGCGCGCCGUCUGGCGCGGCACCACCUGGUUCAACAGCCCGCGUGCCGGCGGCCGUCUGCGCCACGACCUAGUCCUAAGCGCGCGCGGGAAGCCGUGGGCCGACGUAGAGCCCCUCGCCGCGAACGGCAGCAACGCCUUGAUGAUUGAAGAUUUCUGCCGCUACCGAUAUAUCGUGCACACCGAGGGCGUGACGUACAGCGGGCGGUUCCAGUACCACCAGUUAUGUGCCAGUGUGGUUUUGGCACCGCCAAUCGCCUGGAUGCAGCAUGUCACGCACCUUGCGCGGCCCGUCUUUAGUUACCAGCUCGAGGGCGUGGAGCGCACUGCCCUUGAUAGUGGUAGGAAAUUGGUGCCGUACCCGGCGCCGUGGGUGAAGGAUGCUUGGCCGAAGGAGUACGAUCCCGGGGAGGCUAACAUCGUGUUUGUGGCGCCGGAUUGGAGUGACCUCGAAACUACGGUUGAGUGGCUAGAACGGCAUUCCAAGAUUGCCGAGGGCAUUGCGCGGCGGCAGAGGGAGCUAUUCGAUGGCGGGGGAUAUUUCAGCCCCGCGGCAGAGACGUGUUACUGGCGUGCCUUGCUCCGGGGUUGGAGCGAAGUGGUCCGGACCGAAGGACAGGGUUUCGAAAACCUAGAGGAGAUACCUUGGGAGGAAUUCAGCUUGAAAGAGAUCCAUAAGUAGCUUGCCACGGAAAAGAUACGUACAGCGGGUGUAGUAUAUGGGAAAACAUGGGCACAACGGUU